AUGGUUCUCUUUCCAUCCUUGGCGAAUGCAACCUCUCACACUAGUGACUUCCAUCCUACUUGGCGAGACAGAGGUGACUCAAUCAAAGAACUCAAAGCUGAUCGCCGUGCUAUCACCAUCCCAGCGGACGCACCCAGUUCUUUAAAUGUGGAGUUUUACAGGUCCAACGACGGCGUCCGAAAGCUUAAGAAGGAUGCGGUCCUAUUCGCUCAUCAUAUGCAGGCUGAGAAAAUUGCGAAGUGGUUCGACGAGGUGCUAGGAUUGAAGUAUGGUAAACGAGCCAGAAAGGUGACAAGUGCUUGCGGCGGGCCCUGGACCGAGAAACUGAAUAUGGACGUUAAUAUGAGAAUGAACAAUUUGAACUAUAAGGUUGAUUCCAUGGACAUGGAGCAUGCAUGGUCUUUUGUUCAAUUGAGAAGGAUAUCGCAUGAACAUCUAGCCCUUAAUCCAUUCUCAAUCAUAAUUGUCUCCUGGUUCCGUACACAUUUAGACAAUUAUCAAGAAGCAAAUAUUGGGUGA